AUGGUGUCUCCGAAAUGUAUUCUUCUAUUCCUGGCCUUAUAUUACUUCCUGGAUGGCGUUUCAGCGGUUACCUGCGAUGUGGAACCCGCAAAUACCUCCUGCAUCGAUUGCCGAAUAUAUCCUACGCAUAUUGAGUGUUUGUCCAAGCUUUUCGCCCCAGUAACAACUGCUGCUCCUCUGACUGUGGCUACAACCAAGAGAUCACGAUCACGCAUUGGCCGCAUUCGCGGCUUUUUCGGCAACUUCAUUACGCGAAUGAGGAAUAAAAGUUGGUUUUAA